AUGAACUUGUCCACCGAAGAGAGAUUUUCAUAUCACUCUACAGGUUCUCAUGGAGAAAACAUCACACUGGCGGUGUUCUACACCACUGUCUUCCUCCUCUCAGUGCCUGCCAAUGCCAUGGCACUGUGGGUGUUCUGCCAUCCAAAGAAUGGAACAUCUGUGGCCAGAGUGUUCCUUACUCACCUGGCAAUGGCUGAUAUGUGUUAUGUUCUGCUCCUGCCCAUGCGUGUGGUCUAUCAUGCCUCUGCGGGGGACUGGAUCCUUGGGGAGGUGGCCUGCCGUCUGUCCGGUUUCCUUUUCUACCUCAACCUUUACUGCAGCCUCUACUUCAUGACCUCGAUCAGCUUCGAUCGCUUCUUGGCAGUGGUGUUUCCCAUCAGAUCUCGGUCCUGGCGGAAGACGGCCUAUGCCAAGGUGGUGUGUGCCAUUCUCUGGGUGAUGGUGACGGUGUCUAUGGCCCCGGUACUGUUCUCAAAGAAAAGGAAAACUAUGCCCCUCCAGCUUGGCCGGCACAAUGUGACCGUGUGCCAGCAGCUCUACCUGGACAGCACCUCCCUGACAGCGCUGAUCUCCACGGCCGUGGCCUUCACAGUUCCUCUCGUCGUGCUCAGCUUGUCUUACAUCCUCAUUUUAUUCAAGCUCAAGUCCACAAAACAGCAAAAUCAAUCACCAGUGCACGUCAAAGCUAAGAGAAUGGUUGUUCUCACUUUGGUCAACUUCCUAGUGGCUUUUCUUCCAUACCAUAUACACCGGUUUGUUUACAUUGUGCGUUACAGUCAACAGAAUCUUAGUGAAGCAGAAGUUAUCUCACUAACCCUUGGGAACCGAGUGACAUCAGCUUUGACUUGUGUCAAUGGGGUCAUUGAUCCCCUUAUGUACUUUUUCCUGACUGAGACUUACCAGAGGACACUGUUAAAGUUGCUGAAGCGGAAUGAAAGUGCAAGGACUGAUCAGUACUCUAACCCAGGGGUUGAUAUGUCUUCAGCUUUUUAAUGUCAGUCUCUUGGAGGUGGAAUGCCCAGAUAAAUGCAGAUAUUGUAUUUGGAAUCUUCAGUAUGUACAUGUGUUCUCCUGAACCUGAACCUGAACCUGAACAUCAUUGAGGGGAAAAAGUUCAAUGAGCAGGCACCUCAGAGCUUGUAAAGUAGCAGUCAGAAUGAUCUAAAUGGGGAAGUGAUGUUCUCCAGGAGGAAGUUGAAUGGGGAACCUGUGGGUUAAGGUGUCUAUACACGUAUUAGGUACUGACAUUGAUCAUUUCACAUGAAUGAGCAAACAUCUUCAUCUAGACCUAGAUUUAGAUUUAAAAGUGCAGUCAGCGUUUGUGCACAUCACGUUUGUUCAUGUUAAAUGUCUUGGCAGACACCCUUGUCCAAAACAACAUACAAUAUAUUUUAAUCACAGUUACAGUAUGUUCAUUGAAUGUGAUGUGUUAUAGACUUGAAAUUGUGUAAAAUAACGGUUUUACAGGGUCUUAAUUGUAUUGCAUUUGUAUUGCAAUUGAAGUGCAUUAUUUUGGACAAUGUGUACAGUCAAGCCACAACAGGUCAGGCAGGAAAUAAGCAUCCUGUUGACAACAUUAUGGUCGAUCUCUGUAUCUUCAUGAUUGAAAAAGACAUACUUGUAU